AUGUAUUGGGAGUGACUAGAAGCGAAGACGUAAUGGAGUGAAUCCUUCUGUCCUUGCAAUGCGCAUCAUUUUGUCAUUAUCUGACAAAUUCCACAGCCGGGAGUAGCGAUGAAGGCGGGCGCCUCCUCCAUGUGGGCCUCCUGCUGUGGGUUGCUGAAUGAGGUGAUGGGCACGGGGACCAUGCGGCCGCCUGGCGGACAGGCGGGGUUCGGUGCGGGCGCCAGGCCCUUCCGCUUCGCCCCCAGCGGCGGCUACUCCACCUACCCCCCCGCCACGCCCUCCUCCAGCAGCUCCGCCCCCGCCAGCGCCGGCCUUGCCUGCAAAGCCUGCGGACUCGCCUUCUCCGUCUUCAGAAGGAAGCACGUGUGUUCAGACUGCAGGAAGAGUUUCUGUUCGCUGUGCUCGGUUCUGCAGGAGAACCUGCGCCGCUGUGCCACGUGUCACCUGCUCUGGGGCACGGCCUUCCGGCGGCCGCUGCUCAUGCGCCUGCGUGUCAAGGACCUGCGCCAGUACCUGACACUGCGCAACAUCCCCACUGACACCUGCAGGGAGAAGGAGGACCUGGUGGAGCUGGUACUGUGCACCCUGGGCCCCCGUCCACGCAUCGGGGAGGUGGAGGAGGAGGAGGAGGAGCAGGAGCAGGAAGAGGAGGUGCGGGGUAGUGAGGAGGAGAAAAAAGAGAUGGAAGAGAGGAAGGAGGGAGAAGGACAGGAGCAGCGGGAGGUAAAAGAGGAACAUGAGGAGGAGGAGGAGGAGGAGGAGGAGGAGGAAGAGGAGGAGGAGGAUGGGGAGAGACUAAGGGUGCUCCUGACCUCCCCCCAGUCAGUCUCAGAGCACUCAGAACUGUCCAUCACAGCUUCACAAGAGGACACACCAAGCCCCAGCGAUAGCUCAGGCACCAGCAGCCAGGACCAAGGAGAUGCUGCCUCCCUCUCCCUACAGAACCUGGAAAACCGCAGCAGCAUACAGGAGGCCAGUCCGGCUACUCAGAGGUCUGCCCGAGCCUCCCUCUCGGAUAUUGCCAACGAGGGCGCCAUCGAGAGCCUGACGGUGCGGCAGCUGAAGGAGAUCCUAGCGCGGAACUUCGUCAACUUCUCUGGCUGCUGCGAGAAAUGGGAGCUGGUGGAACGUGUGCACCGGCUCUACCGCGAGAACGAGCAGAACCGCAGAUCCAUGGAGAAUGUGAGCAGUGACAUCACAGCAGUAAUGACGUACCCCCCUCCCAUCUGCCUCAGAGAAGUCGGAGAUGGGGUGACGAGGCCUCAGCUGAGUGCUGUGGAUGAGAACCUGUGUCGUAUCUGCAUGGAUGCGCUCAUAGACUGUGUGCUGUUGGAAUGCGGCCACAUGGUCACCUGCACCAAGUGUGGCAAACGCAUGAACGAGUGCCCCAUCUGCAGGCAGUAUGUGGUGCGCGCCGUGCACGUCUUCAAGUCCUAAUGCCCCAAAACACACACACACACACACACACACACACACUCUCUCUCUCUCUCUCUCUCUCUCUCU